AUGUCCGUCCGCCAGACGCUGUUGUACGAGUGGGAGCGCUCCGCGGUCGAGACGAUUGACCUCCUCGACGAGCUCGAGAAGCGUGACGCGACCAUCGCGACGCUAACGGCCGAGGUGACCCGUCUCACUAAGGCACUCCGAGUCUCAGAAGCACGGAGGGUGCCAGAGGCGCCGCCGGCGGCGAACGAGGAACUGCCGAGCAAGGGUGGCUCUGCGGAGUCGGCAAGUACUGGGGCAGGAGCCAAGAAACAGGAUGAGAAACCCGAGAAGCCCCCACAGACGGUCUACGAGGCUCGUUACGAGCUCAAUAUGGUCCAGCCUAGGCGAGAGGCCAAAACUGUGCACGACGCGUGGCGCCACUGGAACUGCAUCACCGCCAAGGAUACAUGUCGACUUUGCGACAGGUUCAAGCAGCCGGGAUUCGCCGACCGCCACACUCUCCUCGCCGGCGCCUCGCAGGGUGCACACGACAUGAGGGUGCGCCGCAUGCUGAAGGCCAUGGAUGCAGUGCGCCUCCUUCGCGUGAGCGACGGCGAGGCCGACACCGAAGCCGUCGUCGAUGCUCUGGACAAGAUCAUCGAUAUGUCGAAGACAUUGGCCGACAUGGCCAAUGAGAGCGCCACUGGGAAGCAGCCUUCAACCAAGGCGUCGUCCAAGCGUAAGAAGACUGCGUGA